AUGGGGUACGGGCUGUGCGCCGGGAUCGCGGCGUCGAUCGAGCGCGGAGGCGACGCGAGGGCGAUCGUCAUCGUCGGCGACGGCGGCUUCCAGAUGACGCUCAACGAGCUCGGCGCCGCGACCCAGCAGUGCGGCGUGUCCGGGACAUGCACCGCGAUCCAGCACGGGUGCAGGCUCCUCCUCCUCGUGAUCGACAACGGCCUGCUCGGCCGCGUCGAGCACGGCUUCAAGAACGCAAAGGGCUGCGAGAUCACCGGUUGCGAUUGGGUCGCGUUGGCGCGCGCGUACGGCGCCGACGGCAUGCACGUGGCCCGAGACAGCGAGAUCGAGGCCGCCCUCGACGCUGGCCUGAGUGCGAAGGGCGUCUUCGUCCUCGCGGCGCGGUGCGACCCGGCGCUCAGGGCCGAGAUGGCAAAGACCUCGGACGGCAUCAUGCCGCCGUGGCUCGAGCCGCCAGGCAACCACGUGGAGUCAGGCUGA